AUGGCAUUAGAUUAUUCAACUUCUCCUUCUACAAAUAAUCUGUCAACUACAGCAGCUCCUGUAACUCCAGCAUCAACUUCAAGUUCCACCUCAAUUCCAACUCAAGUGAAUUUACCAUCAUCUUCAGCUUAUUGUUUUAUAUCAGAUAAAGAUGUUCAUUGUGUACCAAUCAAUUCAUUUAAUAGCUUUUCUGAUAAUUUUAUUGCAUUAGAUAAUACAUCUAAACAAAAUGAUGAAGCAGAUUUUACUCCCGAUAAAUUAUAUUUAAAGAAUAAAAAUUUACUUUAUAGUUUAAAUAAUCCAUCAUUAUCUGAUUUAGAAUUAGAUUCUCCAACUCUUAGUAAUGCAACAUUACAUACGGGAUCUCCACCACUUUCACUUGCAAUUCCAACUAAUAAUAAUCUUCAAAAUCAUCAUAUUCAUCAUAGUCAAAAUAAUCAAACUUUAAUUCCUCCAUCUCAAACUUCAAGUCAAACAUCUUCCGAAUUAAAUUUACCAGCUAUAAUUAAUAAUUAUUCAACUCAUGCAAUUUAUUUACCUCGACUUAUAAUUAAUUUAUCAGAAAAUCUUAAUACUGAAUUUAAAGAAUUAAAAGGUUUAUUAAUUAAAAUCUUUCCUACUUGGUCACCAAAAGAUGUUAUAAAUCUUAAACAAUUAACUGGUGGUAUAACUAAUAUGUUAUUAUCUUGUACAAAUCAAGAUUUAAAUGAAACAGUAUUAAUAAGAGUAUAUGGUCAUGGAACCAAUUUAAUUAUUGAUCGUCAUCGAGAAUUCAUUCUGCAUCUUAUACUUAAUUCAUUAGGUUUAGCUCCUCCAAUAUUUUCUCGAUUUAAAAAUGGUUUAGUAUAUGGUUAUUUAUCUGGAAGAUCAUUAGAACCAAAUGAAUUAUCAAAUGAAAAUCUUUUCCCAUUAAUUGCCCAAAAUUUAGGUAAUUGGCAUAAGAAAUUAGAUUAUAAAUUAAUUGAAAAUGGAGUUGAAAAAUUACGAACAUUUUCAAUGAAUUUAAAAUUACAAUUAAAAUCAUCAAAUGGUGGAAGUGGAAGUGGUAGUGGAAGUGGAAUUGGUAGUUUAAAGAAUAAGAAAUUUAAAAAGAAAUUCAUUUCAAAUGUUUGGGAAUUAUUAGAAGAUUGGAUAGAUAUAGUUCCAAUAAAUCCUGAUCUUAUAUCAUCAUUUAAUGAUAAUUUACCUCAUGAAGUUAGUCAAGACAAUUUAAAGACAAUUAUUCAAGAAGAAUUUUCUUGGUUAAAGGAAAAUUUAAGUAAAUCAAAUUCUCCUGUUGUUUCAUCACAUUGUGAUUUAUUAUCAGGAAAUGUAAUUAUUCCUCAAGAUUUUGAUUUACAAAAACCUUUAAUUAAUUUACCAUCAAUUGAAGAUAAUCCAAUUAAAUUUAUUGAUUAUGAAUAUAUGUUACCUGCCCCUCGAGCAUUUGAUAUUGCUAAUCAUUUUGCUGAAUGGCAAGGAUUUAAUUGUGAUAGAAGUGCUAUCCCAACUCCUCAUAAAUCCAAUGAAAUCUUAGUUAAAUGGGUUCGAGGUUAUUUAGGAGAUUUAAAUGCUCCUAUGAAUAACGUUGAAGAAUUAAUUGAUGAAAUUGCAACAUUUUAUGGAUUACCAGGAUUUUAUUGGGGGAUUUGGGCCAUGAUUCAAAGUGAACUUUCAAAUAUUGAUUUUAAUUAUUCUAAUUAUGGGAAAUUAAGAUUAGAAGAGUAUUGGGAAUGGAAAGGUCAUUAUUUGAAAAAGCAAACAUCUCCUUAA